GAGACCAAGUAAUAGCCUGUCUCAUAUCCAUCCCAAACCAUCGGCCAUCACGUACUCGCCGAAUGUGUUUUUCCUGGAGUCUGAAUCUGUCCGGACCUUAUUUAUUCUGAUGGGUGAUGUCGGGUUUGACCUCUUAGGUCAUUCCUAAUUCAUGUCAGCGAAAAUCUGCCAGGCGUCAGCGGCCUGCGGGAUGGGCUGUGCAAUGAAUGCCUAUUCCCCGGAGCCUGCAGUCACACAAUCCGACAGGACUUGUCAAACCAGUUUGCGCUAUAGCUACGUUCCUUUGAUGGGUCACCGGCAGUGUUUUCAUCCUCGCAUCCACCUGAUGCGUCGUUUUAUUCCAUUCUUGCUAGCCGCUGCGCAUAUAAGGUCUCGAUUCAUCGCCGAGUCUUACCUCCCACUCCACAAGGUCACCCGCUCAGACAACCCCGAGCCCCCCAUAAAUCGCCUCUCAUCCAGAUGCCGUCCGUCUCUGCCAGCUACGUGGUGAAGACCUACACUUCUGCCAAUGACCUCCCUGCCGAGGUCUGGCAAGCCUUCGACGCGCACGCAAGGGACUCUAAUAUCGUGUAUCCUUUUGCCAAGAAAGCGAGACUGCACGAACGAUCUCGAGGCCAUCAUCGCGGUGCAGACGUUUGGUUGGUCUGUUACAGUCACCAGCAUGGCAGCGGUACGCCUUCCGUGGAUUUUGUGCUAUCUUGCACAGAGGGCCCAUUUGGCCCCUACCCUGUCUUCAUAUUCACCCCCAUCCCAUCCACGAAGCUUGACCCACACCACUUCCUUCCCCGACUUGAAGUGCUGGCCUAUACUCUGCAGCAGGCCGUACCCCCGGAACGUGUGUUCUCCGUCUUCGCUCUGGAGACCAUUACUCGUGCAUUCGCCGCAAUCUGGAUGCGCGAGACGGGGAUACCGCUGGACCCGGAACCAGAGUAUUACGCUGCGAAGUUCACCUAUUGCACGAAGGAGACCAUCAAAUUCCGUCAGACGACGACGCUCUCUGACGUGAGCUACCAGCUGCGCCUAGCCACAGAAACAGACAUUCAGGACGCAGCCAAGCUCUGCUUCGGUUUUGCUGCAACAUCAGAGCCAUUCGUUUUGAGCAAGGAACAGGCCGUCCAGGAGGCUGCGUACCUCAUUCAGAACGGGCAGCUAUGGGUUCACGAGAUUACCACCUCUAGUCAACGUCCAGAGAUUGCAUCCAUCGUGGCCGUCACGCGGACCAGCGAUACCGUAGCUGGAAUAACCAAGGUGUUCACCAACCCGAGAUGGAGACAGCGUGGAUGUGCCGAACGCCUCACCAGAUUUGUCUGCCAGCGUCUACUGGAAACAAAGGAAAGCGUCGUUUUGUACGUGGCACACAACAAUCCCGCGGCGGCGAAGGUCUACCAUCGUGUCGGGUUCGUCGGACUUUCUGGUGACGAGCAUUCCACCAGUACAGUGGAUGACUGGCUUGAACUCGGUUUCGAGCGCGACCUCGUGGAUCUGGGACAUUGGUGAGAAUGCAGAUAUUGAUCCAGACAACUGCUAUGAGAUUCGAUCUCGCUACGCAGUCGUUGCAGAUGCGGUGUGAGUCAUCUACCGCUUAGCCGCUAAUUUAGUAAUACUUUACAUAUCAAUUCCUUCUGCUUGAUCAUGACUCUCGAUUAUCUUCCAUCUACUUUACGCAGCAGAUCGAGUGUGACUAUAUCGG